GCUCGUGCCAAAGGCAUUGCUCGUGUUUGAGCAGAGGCGCUAUUUUGAGCAUGUGUUUGGUGGUGCUUAGAGCUUGAACUUGACUGUUGAAAGUUUGAGUUGCUUGUACCAUCGUGUGCUUGAACGGCUCGAGUGAACGGCAACGGCCGCUUUACGGCAUCUGCAAUGUUCCCUCCCACAUGCAGCGCACGUCCACACUAGAAAAGGAGAUUGCGAAGAACUCGGGCUAUCUGUUCUCUUGAUCGUGCGUAUUUAGUUGACUGACUGGGAGCAGUGACAUUAUGGAACGUGAGACCAAAGUUGGUUCCGAACAAACGCGUGGCACUUUGCCUAAUGAUGAUCCUUUGUUGCUUCUGUCAUAUGUGCACAAGCUCGUUCGUGUAGAAACUACGGAGGGGGAUAUUCUGGCAGGUUACGUCAAGACAGUCGACCCCAUCUCGGAAAGUAUUGUCCUGGUCCUGUUUGAGGAUGAAAAACCAAAGGUGCUGCACGUCAUCAUGGGACACGCUGUCAAGUCGGUAACUGUAGUCACAGAUGCAAGUCCUGCCGAGAAGCAGCAGCUCGAGAAUCUCUUCAUGCCGGCAAGGCAUGCGCUCAGCGCCGAGCAGUUGCGAGAGAGGAAAGAGAAGGUUCGGUCGUGGAUGUGCGUCAACCGCAUUCCGGUGGCCGAGUCUGCCCAGGAGCCUGGUGCUCUCAUAAUUGCGGACUCUGUCCGGCUGUUACCUCCAUAUGGACCGGAGGACUUCGAGUGCACUAAUUCCCUAGUACUUGGCAAGAUACGAGGAAUGGUGUCAUUGAUGCCCGCAGACAUCGAGUCAUGGACAAGCCCAUACGAACCAAUGAAAUAGUGGAAAAUUCCACAGUGAUGAUGAUGUGAUGGUUAGGUGAAUUCUAAGUACUCUCUUGGUCAAUUUGUGUAAUUUCUGGAUCGCAUACAAAGCCUGCAUGAACUCUACGACCUUGCGUGAUGAAUGGCAUCAAUGGAGUGUAACAGGUCUGCCUUCGGUGACUUGCCUUUCUGUGAGUUGUUACGAGUGUUGCUACAAGUGUUCGAGUUAAAACUAAUACCCGUGCGACACGGGCGUUUGGAAGGCCUUCCAACCGAUAGUCAUUUGACUCAACGGUCAAGUUGGAGCUGCUACACGAGCGGUUUCAAAGGCCGCCGAGUCAAUAGUCUAUCGAGUCAACGGAGCACCCUACAGCUCUAUCGAAAUCUUGAUAGCCUAUGAGCAACGGAAGCGGAAACAACGCGAACAUGCCCUCUCGUUCACAGUGUGCUCGUACUCACGGUUAGAAAGAACAAAUCAAACCAGAAUGCUCUAAAAAUAUUAUAUAUGAGUGCUAUUAAUUACUCAAGAAAGUAUUUUUGCCACUUGAUAUGUGCGAACUGCACAUAGUUUGAAGCAUGGUAAACACACACCAAAACGGCAGCCGCAUCGAGCGGCGCAUACGUUGCCACAGUUUCGCUACUCAACAACUCAAAAACUAAACAUAUAUGUAUAGGCAAUGUAUAAACAAUUUUUUUAAUGCAUAAACAAACGUAAAAUAAAUUAUAGUGCCUUUAAGUUGUUCUAAUGCUGCUUAACUUUUGGUGACAUGAAAACGAAAAUAAAGAUCCGCAGCGCCACACAAUUUUGCAGAGAAAUGCCUGAACCACUCGACGGCCUUUUAAAAGUGCCGUGUAGCAGCGCGACAACUUGUUUGAGUCGAGUGAGUUGUGGCGUUUCGAACGCUGUUGACUGGAAGGUGUUUAUUAACGUCUGUUAUUAAAAACACAAAUGAAUGUGAAGUGCCCGAAUGAAACUUGCAAGUUUCGUUUUGGCAGUUUUGUACAGUUGUGCUUGAAGGAUCACAUUGAAGUGACAUUGCUUUAGAUAAUGGAAUGUGAAUUUAAAAAAAAAAAAAAAAGGUGUUAUUCUUCUCAAAGCAGCAGCCUGUGAUUGCAGUGCAAACAUUUCUUUUUAAAUGCACUCACACAAGCUUCAAAUAUUGAAGGAAAAAAAAAAUGCCAGUUUUACCCGAGUACAGAGCUACAAAGCUGGCUUUCGAUGAUGUGCUUGACAGUAGCACGAAAUGCCUCUUUAUCAACCUCCAUUAAGAUGUAGGACAUCACACUGUCUACGUUCACCUCACCAAAACCCUUGUUUUCAAUUUCAUCAUUACCUUGGCACCAGAGACAUGUGCGAUUGGCAUAAAGAGUCAGCGGGGUGACUCCUUGUCUCACAGUGCCAAAUGACCAUUCUGGAGGAUUGGCCAAUCAUGGCCACACACCUAGUUGCCCAAGAAUGGGGUAGCUUAAGUAUAGAAAAUAUAAGGAAAUCAUAGACGCUGUUAAAUCUCGUGUGCUAUUUCAUUACGAGGUCUGUGUGCUUUAGAGAUACUUGCAAACCAACAUUACAUGUACAGGUUUUAUUUGCGAUUCGUUGUCUUAUUACUCAGGACUGAAUUGCAUUCGCUGGCAUUACUUUGGCAGUUGAAAUUAAACCAUACAACAGCAGAACUGAUAGUUGGGCGAGUUGGUACGUAUUCAUAGUGAAAUAUUUGGCGCACACUGUGCCAAGCUAUUUAAAAAAAGUUUGACGAUAGGGUCAGAAAAUGCAGCUGCGGUCUUAAGGAAGAUAAAAAAUUCACAAAAUGCAGAAUAGGUGUUGUGUACCGGCUUCCGUUACGGGCACAUGGUAAGGCAAUUAUUUUUUUUUUAAUGACUUCUUUAUUCUUUGCAACUGUGAGAAGUGUAUCUGUUUACGUACAUUUUCCAUAUUCACGCUUUUCUUAGAAAGUCUUAUUUCUGGCUGAAAAAAACUGUUUUUCCGAGAGCAAGUAGUGAGUGAAUACACCCCCUUUACGAAUGCGCUCCGUGCUUACCAUUAACUUUUCUAACAAAGAACUUCCAGCACGAAAACCAAAACGCUUGUCUGGAAUCGGCUAUAUAUAAGAAAUAGUCUCACAACUGUUGCACCGCUGAUUUUUGAGUCAAGGCAAUCCAAAGACGCUGUGCACGUUUUUUUCCCGCAUUUGCGCUUCGGAGCAUGUCUAUUCGAAUGCUUUUCAUUCCUAGCUGCAUGCCUUGCAACAUUGGAUGCGGUUAUUUCGUUCAAUGAUGGUAGUAUCGCAUGUGCCAACAUUUUGAAGUCAUUAGGACUCUUGAAGUCUGGCUGCAACACAGUAAAAUAGCUGAAAGAAGUUGACCACAAUCGACAGUACAUUGCGGAGAAAGCUGCACCACAGCUCACAAAAGAGGCAAGCAAGGCGACAAGCUGAAAUGCCAAUAAAUGACUUCGACAAUGAUGACCAAACUGGUGGCUACCACAGAUGUGACUAACGGUGUUAGGGGCAAAAUAUGCGUUUUUCAGAUGUUUUCUUACUUUAAACUCGGUUAUCUCAAAACCAUGUUUUUUAUUACAUGGGUAACAUUAUUUCCUAUGUCUUCCAGGAUAACCAGCUUAUUUUAUUUCCCUGUCAUCUGUAUAAGUGUAGGAAACUACUGUGCUGGGAAUUGAAAAUAUGCACCUAACGGUUUUCGUGUUACAAAUUUUGAAAUAUGCAAAUAAAGCCAGAAUUUAGGUACUAGUGUGAACAAUUUCACCAAAAUAGCAAUUUUAGUUGGAUUUUAAUAAGUCUAGUGCAGUUAAAAGAGCUCAAAAUUUAGAAGAAAAUGAUAUAUGCAUUAUGCAAGUACCUCUUUUAAUUACUGAGAAACCAGUUCCUCAACAUGGUCAAAAAUACAUGGGAAGUAUAGGGCUUACCAUAUGCCCUUAACCUGUGGCAACAUGUACAUAGGACAAACCAGUCGGUGCAUAAACACUCGUCUAAAAGAACAUCAACUUUCUCUCGGUAAAGAAAAUCAUUCGCACUUGUCUAACCACUGUAAUCUAUGUCUUUGUGAUCCGGUAUUUUUUGACACUGAUAUUUUGUUUUCAGAUAAAAACAAACUAACACGUGAAAUAACAGAAGCAUUCCAUAUCAAAAGGUGUGCUGAAAGAUGCAUCAGUCAACCAUCCGUUGCAACCACUGACAAAGAAUUUGCAUUCUUGAAUACCGGUUGAACCUUUGUAAUCUGUUUCUGUAUAUAAUGAUGACUCUUUUUGCACAUGCUCAGUGCAGAUAGCUGGUGCAUUUAUGUUCCGUCUCUUUCCAAAAAAUAAACAGUUGAAGCGCUUGUGUGUCCACCUCCA